UCCUCUCGGCGUGGGAGUCCGGCGAGGCCUCGGUCCCUCCACCCCGGCGCAGACCAUGCUGUGCCGCCUGCGCGCACGGUGGCCUCGAUCGCUGCGGCCGACCUCCCAGCUGCGCAUUGCCGGCUCGUGGCGUCCGCCGGCCCCCGCGAGCUGCGCCCAGCCCCGGCCUCCCACGAUGGGGGUGGCCGCGUCCGUGUCGGCGGUGGCCCCGGGCGGCGUGGGCGGCUGGUACGAGGCCCUGGCAGAGUCGACUCCCGUGCGGGCGGCGGAGGACGUGCUGCUGGGCGCGCACGCCGCCCUGGGCCUUCCCUGGUGGGGCAGCAUCCUGCUCACCACCGCGACCCUGCGUGGCGCCGUCACGCUGCCCCUGGCCGCCUAUCAGCAGUACAUCCUGGCCAAGGUGGAAAAUUUGCAACCAGAAAUAAAGAACAUUGCCAGACAUCUUAACCAAGAAAUUGCAGUUCAUGCAAGGCAGUUGGGAUGGUCCAAAAGAGUGAGCAAGCUCACUUACCUAAAGAAUAUGAGGAGGCUGGUUUCAGAGCUGUAUGUUCGGGAUAACUGCCACCCUUUCAAAGCCACUGUGCUGGUCUGGAUUCAGCUACCAAUGUGGAUCUUCGUGUCUGUUGCCCUCAGGAAUUUUUGCAUAGGGGCGGCACAUUCAGAAGGCAUUUCUGUUCAGGAGCAGUUAGCUUCUGGUGGGGUCCUGUGGUUUCCUGACCUCACAGCACUGGAUUCCACUUGGAUUCUGCCUGUCUCUGUAGGUGUCAUCAACUUAUUAAUCGUGGAGAUCUUUGCUCUGCAAAAAAGUGGAAUGUCCCCUUUUCAGAUGUAUAUCACACAUUUUGUGCGUGUUGUAUCGGUAUUGAUGAUUCCAGUUGCUGCAGCAGUACCUUCAUCAGUUGCUCUCUACUGGUUCUGCUCCAGCUUCAUGGGCCUCUCACAGAAUUUGCUGCUGCGUUCUCCUGGAUUUCGCCAACUUUGCCGAAUACCACCGACAAAGUCAGACUCAGACACACCUUAUAAAGACCUCUUUGCUGCCUUUUAUGCCAAGUUCAUUUCAAGAAAAUGACCUGUUUUUCAGUCAUUUUGAAAUAAUUGCAACUAUCACCAUCACUGUAAUGUAUCAGAUUUAGGUAUUAUUUAAUUUACCUUUUUUAAAAAUCAUGAACUUCAUAAAGUACUAUUCGCUUAGCUAUAAAAUCCAAGUAUAUCUGACAGCAUCCUAGUCUUUUAGUACUAGAAAUGUAGU